AUGACAGAAGAUAAACGAUAUGGAUACAAACCGGCGCAUAACAAGUUGGGGGAGCAAGACCAGACCCCUCUCAACCGAACUUAUACCAUCGGAUCUGCCAGCAGAACGGCUGCGGUGCUUAGGGAACGAUCUCGAAGUCAGGACAGGAAUACUCUCAAUCAGACGUUCACCUCUUUCCCCAGACAUUUCUUGCCCAAUGGAUCGCUUCUUCGAUGGUAAGAUAACUUUAUUUAAUUUUUUUAAUUGCCAUUUGAAUGGAAACAGUGGCUUAUACAGCGAAGCCUCUAUUUGUCUGCUCCUGCAGUUUUCUUAUGACCUUCGGGGCUUCUUUUAAUGCUCUGUUGAUCUCUUAAGUUACAGUAAACCCCAAGGACAAAACCUGACUCGGAUGUUAUCAAACCAAUUACCAUCUUUGGAAGGAUGUUCUCCUGAAAGAAUCUGCACUCAGAGGCCUUGGACUAGGACACAGAUAGAGCUGGCCAAGUACAAGGAGACGCUCAAGGGUUGA